AAUAUCCUUUCUCUCUUUUAUUUUUAUUCUGUAACAUGGUAUCAGAACUAAAAAAAUUAACAAACAACCUUCUCCCAUGACUUCAUCUGGAACCACAGCUGUGAUAGAACCAAAUGCUCCCGAGAGCAAUUCCGAUCCCUUGGAAGAUGCCUCUUCACCAUUUUUUCUUUAUCAUAGUUUGGUUCUUAUUAUUCCGGAACUUAUUCUUGACAAUUUUCCUUUCUGGAGGAGAUGGUUCAUGCUUGCCAUUUCCAUAAGAAACAAGCAAGGGUUUCUUGAUGGUUCCAUUCCCAAACCUUCACCAGAGAAUCCUCUCUAUCUUCCAUGGAUCAGAUGCAACAAUCUCAUUGUGGUUUGGUUAUUGAGAUCAAUUUCUUCUUCAAUUGCUUCCACAGUCUUUUAUUUGGAGGAUGCCAUACAGAUUUGGGACAAGCUGCACCAAAGAUUCUCUCAACCAGAUGAUUAUAGGAUUUGUCACCUUCAACACCUUCUUUGCAAUACCACACAAGAUCUAAGGAAGGCAUUAUGGUAACUCAAAGGAAGUUCAUUCUUGAGCUGCUAGAAGAAUAUGGCAUGCUUGGAGCAAAACCAAGUGCGAUUCCCAUUGAUGUUAAUACAAAGCUAGUUCAUGUACAAGAAGGCUUAUUAAUGAUCCUACUGUUUACAGACAAAUUAUAGGAAAACUCAUGUAUGUUACAUUGAUAAGGCCUGACUUAUCAUAUGUUGUACACAUUCUAUCUCAAUUGGUGGAUAAACCUGCACAAAUACAUCUAGAUGCAACCUUUAAAGUACUUAGAUACCUUAAAGGUGCCCUUGGUCUAGGAUAGUUUCUGUCUGAUCAAUCAGAACUCAAGUUAACAGCUUAUUCAAACAGUGAUUGGGCCAACUGUUCUGAGACAAGAAGAUUUUUUAUAGGUUCUUGUAUAUUUCAGAGAAAUUUUCUAAUCACCUAGAAGUUUAAGAAAUAAUCAACUGUGUCCAAAAGCUCUACAGAGGAAAAAUACAGAUCCAUGGCUGCUACUGUGUCUAAAGUUCUUUAGCUGGUUUCACUUUUGAAGGAUUUGAAUAUCAUUAUCCCUCAACAUGUACAAUUGUUGUGUGGUAGUAUGUCAGCUAUUGAUAUUGCUAAAAGUCCAUUCAUGCAUGAAAGAACAAAAUAUAUAGAAAUUAAUUGCCAUUUUGUCAGAGAAAAUGUGUUACUUGGGAUAAUUAAGCCUGAAUACCGAAGAACAGCCUGCAGACAUAUUCACCAAAGUCUUCAUCCUGCAUAAUUCAAGCACCUCUCAAGCAAGUUGAACAUUGAAAGUAUGUAUGUUCAACUUGAGGGAGGAUUAUCAAGCUAUAAAGAAUAAGAAAGAUAAAGUAAAAGUUAUUAGUUUUGUUAGUUAGUUGGUUAUUCUGUAACAGAUAGUAAGUUAAGGUAGUUAGCUAAAAGGAUGAGCUAGAAAUGCAUGUGAAGCUCGUGAACCUUCAUGUAUAAAUAUCCUAUAAUUCUUCAAUGAGAAAUAUCUUUUUUCUCACCCAUUUUCAUUAUGUAACACAACUCACUCUGACAUAUAGCAUCUAUUAAUACUAUUCCAUUAGUCUUUUUUAGAAAAAGAAAAAAAUACUACCAUCUAGAGAA